AUGUUGCGCUUAUGCUCAUCGAGCUCUACUAACAAGAAUGGAACUUUGGAGAUGCCUGCUGAACUUCAGAAGCGACUGGAGGCUAAUUAUUCAUCAUCGUACCAUCAGCCUCUAAAUGGUCGCGUUUACGACCGAAAACCAAUAAAAUUCCUCUUGCAAAAAGGCAAGCAGUAUUACUGGUGUACUUGCGGUUGGAGUCAUAACCAGCCUUUCUGCGACGGAAAGCACAAAAAUCCACACUAUAAAAUCUCGCUGAAACCGAUUCGUAUAGUGCCGGAAGAGACGCGUGAAUACUGGCUAUGCAAUUGCAAGCAGACGAAACGGAGACCCUUUUGUGACGGAACCCACAAAACGCCCGAAGUACAAGAGACCCCUCGCGUGUAUAAAAACAAUUUCUAA